ACCGCCAUAAUUUUUCACAUAAAGCUGUGCUCGGCCUUUGAUGUCGAGUUUCUCUAGAUUAUUGCGAGUACUCUCUCCUAGAAAUACUCCUGAGGUACUUUGCUCGAUAAGGAACAUGUCUAGAUACGAUAGAGGACGUUCUUUUGAUAUGGGGGGUCGUUCAGACCGAAAAAGCCUGAUGGGCAGUGGCGGUGGUAGAGGUGGCUAUGGUGGUGGCGGCGGCAGCUAUGGAGGAGGGGGAAACCGAUUUGGAGGAGGUGGUGGAGGUAAAGGUGGCAAGUCUAACAGCCAGCCUGGAGCAUCRCUGAGGAAACCUAGAUGGGAUCUCAAACAGCUACCAAAAUUUGAGAAAAAUUUCUACAGAGAACAUCCAAAUAUUCAAGCUCGGACAAUGGAAGAAGUUGAAGCUUAUAGAGGACUGCAUCAACUUUCUGUACAUGGAAGAAAUGUACCUAAAGCUACGCAGACAUUUGAGGAGACUUCAUUUCCUGAUUUCAUUAUGGAGAACUUUAAAGCCAAGGGUUUCGACGCACCAACACCUAUACAAGCACAGGGAUGGCCAGUAGCACUGACAGGAAGAGAUCUGGUCGGUAUUGCACAGACAGGUUCAGGAAAAACACUAUCAUUUAUUGUUCCUGCUAUUGUGCACAUCUAUAAUCAGCCUCUGCUUCAACCWGGAGAUGGACCUAUUUGUCUUGUUUUGUGUCCUACAAGAGAACUUGCCCAACAAGUACAGGGUGUUUCCAGUCAAUACGAUAAGAUCUGUAAAGUAAGAAGUACCUGUAUUUAUGGYGGUGCCCCAAAAGGACCUCAGAUCAGGGAAUUAGAGAGAGGUGUUGAAAUUUGCAUUGCUACUCCRGGACGAUUUAUCGACAUGUUAGAAGCACGCAAAACAAACUUACGCCGAUGCACAUAUCUUGUUCUUGAUGAAGCCGACCGCAUGCUUGACAUGGGUUUUGAGCCACAAAUUAGAACCAUWAUUGAACAGAUUAGACCGGACAGACAGACCCUCAUGUGGAGUGCCACUUGGCCCAAAGAGGUAGAAGGACUGGCUAGGGACUUUUUGAAUGAUUAUGUCCACAUCACAGUUGGCAAUGUUGGCCUUACAGCUAACCACAAGAUCUUGCAGAUUGUUGACGUCUGUGAUGAACCUGAGAAAGAUCAUAAGCUUCUCAAGCUUCUGGAAGAAAUAAUGGGAGAGAAAGAAAAUAAAACCUUGAUUUUCACUGAGACMAAGAGAAGAGCUGAUGAUCUCACAAGGCGACUAAGAAGGGAUGGGUGGCCUGCCAUGUGCAUUCAUGGGGAUAAAGCUCAGCAAGAAAGAGACUGGGUCUUGAGUGAAUUCCGAAAAGGACAUGCACCAAUCUUAGUAGCAACRGACGUUGCCUCCAGAGGUCUAGACAUCUCAGACAUCAAGUUUGUGAUCAACUUCGACUUCCCAAGCUCUACAGAGGACUACAUUCACAGGAUUGGUAGAACUGCACGGUCCGAUCGUACAGGGACAUCGUACACAUUCUUCACYGUCAACAAUGCUAAACAGGCCAAGGACUUGAUUCAUGUUUUGCAAGAGGCAAAACAGCAUGUAAACCCAAAACUCUACAACAUGAUAGAAAUGGCCAAAARCUUUGGAAAAAAGAGAGAUCGAUUCCGUAGAGAUGGUGGAAGACCGAGUUACCAUGACACCAGAAGUGGUGGUGGAAGUAGCAGAGGUGGUGGUGGAUCCUAUGGCUCUAGAUCUGGUGGCAUGAUGAAUGGCUAUGGUUCAAGAAAUGAUGGUGGUAGCAGCGGAAGAAACAGCUCUAGCCAUGGAAGCAGCAGUAGAUUCAACAGYAGUCAUCAAGGUUCACAAAAGGCCCCUCCACCACCAUCUAGCAACCCUCCUUCCAACCAGAGUUGGAACCAAAAUCCCAACUACAAUCAGAACCAGAAUGCAAGUUACAGCCAGAAUUAUCAGAGUUCAUAUGGACCAGCACUUCCCCCACACCCUCCCCCCACACAACAGUACACCCAACCUCCCCCUCCCCCACCUCCUACCCAGGCCAUGGUGAACCAACAAGCUCAAUACACACAGGCUUAUCAACAGGCAUAUCAGAAUUAUCAACAAACKGCUCAACAAGCAACCACACAACAACAGCCGUAUCUUUACAAUACUACAACAACUAAAUAGAAUCAUUCAAUCCGUAUGAGGAAUCUUAGUACUUUUUAUCUUGGUGUAGAAGCUAACACUAAUAACUACAUAUAUGAAUACUUAACUCAUGAAGUAGUUUAGCAGACUAACAGAUUGAGAGAUCUCAUUUCCAUUGUUUUCUUUUGUGUCAAUUUGACUUAUUUCAAUCAAUUUUUAUUACAUGGCUUAARUAAAAUCAAUCCAGUUUACUUCACAAACUGGGUUUGCAAUGUUAA